AUGGCGGAGGGCGACCCUCCUCCUCCUCCUCCUCCUCCUCCUCCUCCUCCCCAAGAACAGCAAUCCGACAAUGGCCCCGACGGCAGCGCUCCCCCGAGCCACGCGACGACGCCUCCUCCCCCUCCCGUGCCGGCCUCCGACCCCCGCCUGAACCCGCAGACCCCCGUCACGCCCGACAACGACCCCGCCGCCUCGCCGCAGCUCGCCGCCCAGGGCGACGACAUCUUCGAGGUCUCGCCCGUCGCGGCCCUCAAGCUGCUCGGCGCCGAGAUCGAGGCCCUCGUCCGCCUGACCGGCGACAUCCCCCCGACGCCGCCCUCGUCGACGUCCUACAUGCCCAACAUGCGCGGCAUGCAGGCCGAGAAGGAGAACAUCGUGCGCUCGCACAGCGAGAAGAACCUCGCGAGGCUGAUGGAGCGCGCCGCCGCUGCCGACGCCGGUGGUGGUGGUGGUGGUGGUGGUGGCCUGCCGGGCUCGCCCCUCGCGCGGUCGCCGAGCAGGAGAUCCCCCCAGAAGUCGCCGCAGAGGAGGUCGCCCCAGCGGUCGCCGACGCGCUCGCCCAGGAGGAGGUCGCCGCGCAAGUCGCCGCUCAAAACCGACGGCGGCGGCAUGGGUCUGGAGAUCAAGCCCAUGCGCCCGCCGCUGCUGCUCAAGAACUCGCAGCCGAGCCUGCCCGCCAUCGACGGCGUGCAGCUCCGGCCCUCGGCGGCGGCCGCCACCGGCGCUCAGGACCUCGCCUCCCCGAACCCUUCGGCGGCGGCGGCGGCGGCGCUGACGCCGACCUCGACGCCGGAGCCGUACAUCGUCAUCGGCGCCGACUCGCAGCCGCUGAACCUGCAGCACUCGGCCAUCACGCGCAAGUUCUACAGCAAGAAGCCGCCGCCCAUCGGCAUCGGCGACUACCUGCUGCGCAUCCACCGCUUCUGCCCCAUGAGCACGGCCGUCUACCUCGCCACGGGCCUCUACAUCCACCGCCUCGCCGUCACGGAGCGCGCCGUCGCCGUCACGCGCCGCAACGCGCACCGCCUGCUGCUCGCCGGGCUGCGCGUCGCCAUGAAGGCCCUCGAGGACCUGAGCUACCCGCACGCCAAGAUCGCCAAGGUCGGCGGCGUGAGCGACGCCGAGCUCGCGCGCCUCGAGAUCAGCUUCUGCUUCCUGACGGGCUUCGAGCUCGUCGUCCGCGAGGAGGAGAUGAGGGCGCACUGGGUGCGGAUGCGGAGGGAGAGCCUCGCCGGCCGCCUGGACGGGCCGCCUGUGCUUGGGGAGCUGAGGCUGGAGAGGAGGCCGAAGAAUGAGGGUUGA